AUGUCCGGGAAAGCAGCAAAGGCCGUCGCCGGUUCCACUCUGCCGAAAAGCUCGCCGGCGGGCCGAGAAAUCGCCAACAGUGAUGACCUCCUCGCAGAAAUCCUACUACUUUUGCCAUUGAAACUCCUGAUCCGAUUCAAGUUCGUCUCCAAACACUGGCUCUCUCUCAUCUCCCACCCAGUUUUUGCCUCCAACUACUCCACCCGAAACCCUAGUAGCCCUUCAAUCUCAGGCCUCUAUAUCUACACCCAAUUCCGGCUCACCUCCGUCUCCUUCCGUGGCAACCGGAAUCUCCUCCCGUCUCUCUGCUUCCUCGAAGGACUUGAAGGCAAAUACUCCCCAACUACCAUUCAACACUCCUGCAACGGUUUAAUGUUGUUCGAUACUCGUUACUUAAAUCCUUAUGGUUUCAUAUUGACGCUCUACAUUGUUUGUAAUCCGACCACGCAGAACUACAGAAUACUUCCCAUAGCUAGACUUUCACCUCGAUUUUCUUACCUUUAUCGUGGCGCUUACCUGGUUUUUGAUCCUUCGAAAUCACCUCACUACAAAGUUGUCGUGGUCAGUCGCUACGAAGAAGAAUCUUUCGAAAUUGAUGUCUACAGUUCGGAGACUCGUAGUUGGAAAAAUAUCGACAUUGAUGUCUACAAUUUGGGGAGUAUCGAUUGGAAAGAGAUUUUUUUCCUGCGAAGUUUUUCUUGUAGUUGUGGUGAAGCAAUCUAUUGGUUGAGUUAUCGUUCUAGUCUGCUGAAAUUUGACGUCCAUACCGAGAAGAUGCUAACUUUGCCACUCCCUGAAGGGACUAUAAUUCUACCUGAACACACUUUCAAGUAUAUCGGAGUAUGUGGUGGCAGUCUGAUUCUAAUACAGAAUCUUUUAAUCCCUGCUAAGAAACUCGUAAUCCUAGAGUUGGAUAUCAAAAGCUGCCAGUGGGUAACUUGGGUUCUAAAGUACAGAGUCGAUCUUAGAACCAUAGUAUCUGCAUUCCCUGAGAUAGAAGACGAUUUCAAAUAUUCUGUGCUGUGUUUUUUGGAGGGCGAGGAGAAAGAAGAUUACUCGCUGGUGUUGGCGAUUCCAGGAAGGGUCAUUUCCUACAAUCUGAAUCGCCGGACAUUUUAUGUGCUUGGUGAUCUGGUGCCAGGUGAAUUAAUCUAUCAUGGUGAAACUGGAUUUGCCUAUCCCUUUGUGGAAACUCUAUCUCCUUCCCCUUCGAGUUUCCCUAUGGGAUUCGGAAUACUUGAGCUAGACAAGGACUACUCCGGUUGGUCUAUCAGGUGUUGGGUAAAUCUUAGGCGCUUAAGAUCUGAAUUCCCUGAGAUGGCAUCAGUGGGCUAUAAGUUUCCCGGAUUUAGAGUGCUAUAUGUUUUGAAGGGAGAGAAGGAAAAAGAUUUUGUUGUCUUCUUAGCCAUUCCUGGUAGGAUUAUUUCGUAUAACCUGAGGUGCAGGACGUGGGAUGUGCUUCCUGGUCUACGUCCGAUUCGGUCAUAUAUUGGUGGUGCUUAUCCAUUUGUUGGAACCCUAUUUCCUGUCUGA